AUGGACACAUACACAUUCCGUUUUAAUGUUGAGAAGUAUACGAAGGAGGCACUAAAAAACUUACAAAAAAAUCAACAAGACAUGAAUAACACGGUCAAUGAUUUUCAACAACAACAAUUACGUUCCCAAAUCAGGCAAUUAGAAACUAAUCCUACUCAAAACCAAGCCGAAUUAGCGGCAAAAAAACAGCAACUAAAGGAUUUAGAGAAUAAACAAAAAGAAUCAGACCAGCAAUUACCUUUAACUACUCAAAUUACUAUUUUAGAGAGGGAAAUUAAAGAGUUAGAAGGUAAAUCUAGAACCCAAGCAGAAGAAGCACUUUUGAUUAGUAAAAAGAAGGAAUUGGAGGAAUUAUUAAAGAAGCAGAGUGAUUCUAUUGGUAAGGAAAAUAACUAUGAUAAAACUGCUUUAGUUAUUGGUUGUGGAGUAAUUGGAGUGCUUUUAGUUCUUAUGAUUGUUAGUGAAGGAGCAAGAGAAAAAUACAGGCUUGUCCUUACUGGAUUUUCUAUAGGGGAAACAAAAAGAAAAUCCGAUUCAAUGGAAAAGAAAUUACUAGCACAACAAGACAGUUUAAGCUAUUUUCUAAAAAAUCGUGAAACUAAAGAAGUAAUUCUGAAUCGUCUUAUCAUACCAUUUAAAAGACCGGAAUUGAUUCGGAAACAUAUCAGAAAAGCUGUUGCUAAUAGAUACGGAGAAGGGAAAUAUAAUGUAAUAAGUAACAAUUGUGAGCAUUUUGCUACAUUAUGUGUUGCUGGCAUUAAAUUUUGUUCACAGGUUGAGAAUCUCUUUAAUUUCAAUUUCAAACUAGAUAAAAAGGAAAUUAACGAAGAAACAUUGAAUAAUGAUAAUUUUAUAGCUCAGACUCAAAUUGAAACAAACAACUAA